AGCGCAGCCCGUCAGCAUCGCAGCCCGGAAGAAGGAAGCUAAACCUGAAAAGAGCGCCUUGAUUGAAAGUGGAGACGUUACCUGAAGAGUGUCCUCCUUGUCACUGCGACCAUGAGUUUCGUCCCUGGUCUGGGCAGCAGCAUCCAGGAGCAGAGGGACCGCUGGGAGAGAAAACGCAGCCGAACAGCCAGAGAGUUGGUGCAGACAGAACAACAUUACUGCCAACAGCUGAAGCUGGUCACCACCUACUUUGUUGAGAUCUUGAAGGCCAAAGGAACCCUGAGGCAGGACAUUACAGAAAACAUCUUCAGUUCAAUUAAAGCCAUUCAUUCAGUAAACCAAUCUCUGUUGGUCCAUUUGGAGAAUGGCUACUUUGGCCGAGGUUUCGACCAGUUCUGUCCACAUCUGCAACACUACAAUACAUACGUGGACAACAUCUACAAUGCCAGCAAAGUGCUCAGGAUCCAGCUGAAGAAAAACAAGGCCUUCAGACGUUUUAAGAAACUACAGGAAACGCGACCGGAGUUCAACAACCAGAAGCUGGAGGAUUUACUGCAGCUUCCCAUUCUGCGGAUUGAUCAGUAUAAGCAUUUCUUACAAGACCUGACUGCCAACACAAGUCCAGACAAUCCAGAGUUUCAGCAGCUUUCAAAGGCGGUGACUGCGGUGAGCGAGGUGUCCCAUCGUAUCCAGAACAACACCCGGUGCCAUGAGAACCACCUGCAGCUUUGCCGGGUGCAGAAACUGCUGAAAGGGCGAAAGACAAAGGUGCUGGCUGCAGGGAGGUGGUACAUCCGUGAGGGCUGGCUGAACAUGGUUCCUCCUAAAGGUGCAGAGGCUAAGCCCAAGAUGUUCUUCCUGUUCUCUGACAUGCUGCUGCAGGCCAAGCGCUGCAGCCCACUGCAUCCCACCAAUGGAGACAAGUUCACCGGCCAGCACAUGUACCCCUUGCAGGAUUGCACUUUGGAGAAGGUGUUCGGGCACACCAGGAGCAAAGGAGGCCUGCUCAGUCUAACCUUCCCCAGAGCCAAACUCCUGCUGAUGUCCAGCAACCAGGAGGAUCUGAAUGACUGGUACCAAAGUCUGAGCUCAGCUAUCAGGAAGCUGCAAUCUAAACAGACAGUGGUCCAUCACAGGGAUGAGCUGCACCAGAGACCCAGCCACUCUGCUGCUGACAGCCACAACGUACUGAGCAGCAGCAGCAGCAGCAACAACAACCCCGGCAGGAAGAGGAACAUGGUGAGCGCUGAGAGCGACAGGCAGGCUGACAAGCCUCCAGUUGAGUGGGAGAGCAGCGCCCCCAAAAGGAUGAAGCAGGGUGACACUCCAGAGCAGAGCAGCGCCGAGUCGUCCUCCUCUGGCUGUGUGAUCCUGUGACGGAGAUCAGGUUGACCUGACGGUGGAUCCUGUUUGUUCUGUCUGAAAGUUUCAUUUCAGACCGACUUCAGCGUUCCACUCACUUUUGCCAAACCGUGGCACACACAUUUAUUUCUUUAGUGUGCUUUUUUUUUAACGUGUCAGCAUGAAGUCAGGUUUAUUUUGUUACUAACAGCAGCUUCAGCUUCUGCUCAUCCUGUGCAAUAUAAACUUUAAAUCUUUGAGCUGCUUUGAAAGACCAAAUCUCUGAUGAAUGUUAAACUGUGAGCUGUGUGUUGCUGCUGCUGCUGCUGCUGGUCUUAUAAUGUUGCAAAGACAACACUGUGAUACAGCAGUGUAUUCAUGAGUUCGCCCCUGGAAGUCUUUUUUCCCGGCGUGUACCUGAACGCUCCACUCCACUACUCCUCUAGUCUUUUCAAUCAGACGCAGUUGACUUUGCAUUUACAGAAAAAAGUAGAAAAAUCGAUCUGGAUAUUAAGAAAUUAUAGAAACAUGGGCAAAGUCAAGCAGCAUAAAAAUCACCCUCACCCAUUACAAGUGGACCGUGGUGGUAGCGUGGGACUUGAGUGAUUGUUUGAUCACCAAAUAUACAGUAGAGACAAACAGUGGUGACAUGUGCCUUUUGUUACGUCAUAAUUAAAUGAGUGCAUUUAAUCAGCUGCACUGUAUUUUAGAGAAUGACAGCCUGUGUUUAUGAUGAUUUACACCCAGGCAAGAAAACCUGGUUAACAGAAGUUCACCAUGCUGAUGAUUAUUAUAUUAUAUCCUAUAAUUAUAUCCUUUAUCAAAUCCACAGAUAUUUGUUUCAUAUAUUUUACUAACACUGAGUGUGUAUUUUACAGAUUAUUUUAAAAUCAUAUUUUUACACCUUUUUUUUCUUUUGCUAAAACUGGUUACAAAUCAUAAAUGGGGAUGGAAAUUAUGGUAAUUUCCCAAUAAAACACUAAAAUAAG